UGAGUCCAAGUCCGUGGGCCCUCUCAGAGAUCCUCAAGCCGGAGCGGGUGGCCAGCGGGCCCAACCGAUUGUUGGCCUCUGCUUUCUUUCCACUGCCUGCUUUUUCCGACUGAAGCACUGCUUCCCUGAAGGGCAUAGUCCCCGACACUAGGGUGUUACGAACGCACGCUGAUGCCCUGAGUGCUCGCAGAGCUUCCAGCUAACCAUGCUACAGACACCCGCAGAUGUCUUGGCGCUGCCCCUGCUACUGCUGCUGGUGGUACAGGCGCCGCCCCCGACUGGCGCGCGGCCGUCCCCAGGCCCGGAUUACCUGCAGCGCGGCUGGCUGCGGCUAUUGGCGGAGGGCGAGGGCUGCGCUCCCUGCCAGCCAGAGGAGUGCGCCACGCCACGGGGCUGCCUGGCAGGCCGGGUGCGCGACCCGUGCGACUGCUGCUGGGAGUGUGCCAACAUCGAGGGCCAGCUCUGUGACCUGGAUCCCAGCGCCCACUUCUACGGGCGCUGCGGCGAGCAGCUUGAGUGCCGGUUGGAUACAGGCGGAGACCUGAGCCGCGGAGAGGUGCCGGAGCCACUGUGUGCCUGCCGUUCGCAGCGCCCACUCUGUGGUUCCGAUGGCCGCACCUAUGCGCAGAUCUGCCGCCUGCAGGAAGCGGCCCGCGCUCGGCCGGACGCCAACCUCACUGUGGCGCACCCAGGGCCCUGCGAAUCGGGCUUCCCACCUCCAUCCCCAGAGCCCCAGAUCGUAUCGCACCCAUAUGACAUUUGGAAUGUGACGGGGCAGGAUGUGAUCUUUGGCUGUGAGGUGUUUGCCUACCCCAUGGCCUCCAUCGAGUGGAGAAAGGAUGGCUUGGAAAUUCAGCUGCCAGGGGAUGACCCCCACAUCUCUGUGCAGUUUAGGGGUGGACCCCAAAGGUUUGAGGUGACAGGCUGGCUACAGAUUCAGGCUGUGCGUCCCAGCGAUGAGGGCACCUACCGCUGCCUGGCCCGCAAUGCCCUGGGCCAGGUGGAGGCCCCAGCUAGCCUGACUGUACUCACACCGGACCAGCUGAACUCCACAGGCAUUCCCCCACUGCCAUCCCUGCACCUGGUUCCUGAGGAGGAGGUUGAGAGUGAAGAGGGCGAUGAUUACUACUAGGGCCGGAGCCCUGGCCCAUGGGGGUGGGUGAGUGGGGAUAGCGUUCAUCCCUGCUCUUGAAAAGAUCUGGAAAGGGAGAGCAAGGCCUCUUCACAGAUAGAUUGUUUAAUGCCCUUAGUGGGGGAGAUGUGGUGGUGGUGAUGGUGGUAGGAGACAAAAAUUGGAGGAGGGUAAGGAGAGAGGCAGGGGAUAGGAGUGGUGGGAUACAAAGGGGCCCAUGCAGGAGAUGCAUGGACCAACCAGGCGGCAGACAGCAGCUGCCUGCUGGUCUCUAGGCUGGGUGGAGGGCUGGGAGGAGUGGAGUAGACACAAAGGUACAGAAACGAGGUGUUCCUCCCCUGCUUUCCAGCAGCCCUCCCCCCAGCCUGCACAGCUAGUCUUCCUAACUGCCUUUCCUCACAGCUCCUGCUGUUAUUUUCCUAGUCCCCAAUCUUUGCUUGGCUUCAGUUUGCCCUUCCUCAAAACUCACCUUCAAGAAAAUGUCCCUCUCUCCCAAGGCCCAUUUGCACUUACUAACUGCAGUCCUCUUUGCUGUCUGCUGUCCAGGAGAGCACAAUGAAGCCUGGUUUUAGUUCAGUGCAAUAAGAUGGGCAUUUGGGCAUAUCUAAUUUCUCCUGUCAUUCUGAAAACUCCACAAGGCCAGCACAUAUCUUAUACCACUUUGUAUUGGAUGAUGCCUAGCACAGGACUAGGCACAGUGGGCAUGCAAUAAAGAUUUAUGAACGAACUGAGACACACAGAUGAACAGAUGGUUCAUGCAGAUGUGCAUACUCGUAUGAAGACUGCAUUUCAUGGUAGUAAGACUCUGGCUUCCAGAAGCACUAGGUCCUGCUCUCUAAGCAUAUGUCUGCCAGAUGUACAGAGAGGGCUCUUGAGCUGGGGCCUGCCCUGCCCUCUAGGGAGGAAGGCUGGAGCCAUCUGGGUGGAGGGAGGGUAUCCUUCCAAUCUGCUCUCCAUCAGUGCUAGUCUACAGCUAGAUUGCCUGGUCCUCUGUACCUCUUACUCCCCAGGCGGCGUAGGGAACCACUCUGUAGGCAGGACCCAGUAUAGAAGCAUAAACUGGUUGGAGGAGGGGAGAAGUUUAACCACAGGUAUGGGCUGUACCCUAAGAUUCCCGUAGGAAUCCACCCAUUUCCCUGCUGAACGCAGACAAAGACACAGCUUGUUCCUUCAUCUGCUCCAACUGUGACCUGUUCUAUCCUACUGGGGGUCCCUCACAGAGCCAGACUCUUUCGUUCUCCAAAGCUCUCUCCACACUGUUUACCCAGACCCAGAGACACUGGUGAGGCGCAGUGUUUAUUGACUGAUUAAAGAAGAUGAAAGCUUAAGUUCUCAAGGCCACAUAGGGUGGCAACGGCCUCCUGCACGCCUGGGCUCCGCCCGGAGCCUGGCGCCACCAGGGGAGAAAUCACAGUUUGUUCGAUGUCUGAGCUUGUCCUCUGGGGCCCAACGCAGGAGGCGCAGGAGCCGGGCCUCUUAAGAGGGGCGUGGUCUGGAACCCCAACCCGAGGGCUUGGCCGCCCCUCUCACAGAACAGCAAGGCUCCUACAGAGACUAAGCCAGAGGACAGUUCUCACUGCAGAGUCCUGGUUGGAGGCCCGCGGCUCCAGGAGCUACCCUUGACACACUUGGGGCAAAUUCCAAGGCCACUGCAGAAGCAGGAGUAGAGACGUGAGCAGUGUGGUGGUGGCUGGGGGCUCGUCCAGACCAGAAGAGAGGAGAUGUGGGUCUGGGUUCUGCAGCAGCUUGGGAAUUGUUCUUUGUGGGUGACUCCAGCCUAGCUGGGUUCAACGCCGCCCCCUGACGGGUCCGUUGAUGCUACCCCGCCCACCUGCAGAGCAGAGGCUCCACCCGACUCUAGAGAGUCACGUGAGCCGGUACUCCUGGAUCCCUUUUGCAGACUUUGUGGGACGUUCUAGUUGAGCUUCCUUACAGCCUCAGUUUCCCCCUCCGUGGCCCCGAAGGUUCAGGCCCCACAGCCUGGAAUAGGAGGAACCCCUGCUGCGGCCUCCACUCCCAACCCCCCACCCCCGCCUUUGCUCCAGCGACCGGCUUUAAUAACGUCGCUGGAAAGUGACAUGCGAUUUAUUAUUAAAGUAAUGCGGGGACGCGAAAGGUUUAAUAAACGCGCUGCGAUGCCGAGGAUUAUUCACCGCAAAUAAAUGAGAGCACGGGCGGCGUUUUAAUAAAUAAUUUCCCGCCGCUCCCGCGGGAGAGAGGGGAGGAGGAGGGGGUAGCUGAGCUGCUGCCAGAACUCCCGGCUUCGCCUCCCCACGGGUUUCCAAGCCGUCGCCGCAUUUUUCGUCCUAGGUUGCUCAUGCCCAACACGUGAGGUUCCAGGAAAGCUGACUCGGAAUGACCCAGGACUGGAGGUGGGAGAGGCUCUGUCCCCACCUUCCCCCACAUCCCCCACCACCUCCGGGAUUUUAAGUAGUUUGCUUAAGAUGAACACUCUUCCUUCCACCUCCGAACCAGAAAUUCGGAAUCAAGACCCGACGGGGACAGGAAGGGUUAAACAGCACCAGACCCUCUCAAGCCGAGGGUCCCAGGGUCUGGCCAUUCUCCUCCCAACUUUUGGCUGACUGAGGCUGGGCCUCCAGGACAGGAUGUGGGGCGUACACCCAAGGGGGCUGUGUGUACAGGUGUGUAGGUGCCAUGAGUGUGCAAAUGACCCUGACCCCCUUCUCAGGCCGUCGUGGAGAAUGGGGCCACCAAGUCUGUCUGCUCUUCACUACGAAGGCCCGGAGAAAGGGUCCUUGAGCCUGGUCUGAGGUGAGGGAGUCCCGGUGAAGCCCACACUCUGGCUUGCUAGUGAACCCGGGUGGAUUUGAGCUCAGGCUGAGCAGAACUGAAGCCUGAAGUGGGAAUCCGCCCCUUGCACCGAGGCUUGGAAGCGCGAGAGGAUGAAUCCGAUUUUGGAGAGGGCGGAGACCGCAGACUUUGGGAGCACACCGCGCUGAUUGGUAGGAGAGGGAGGGAAGGGAAAGUUCCUGGGAUACAAGGGCUCCGCAAGUUUUGUGCCUCUGUCGAAAGAGGUGACAUCUCUGGCGACACCUCUGGCGACCCCUCUGGCAACACUUGGGAGUACAGGAAGUGGCGAAAGAGUGCCACCUGGUGGAUAUUUUGGGUUAUGGCAGCCAGGUCUGGGCCAUUUAAUUUAAGACAGUUAAGUUGACCGGAAAAUUUUGAGUAAA